AUGAUAGUCGCCCAUGUUUCACCUGUCAUGUCAGUACCGCGGUUACGGGUUCGUGAUUUACGUCGGCACUGCACAUACCAGGGUUACACAACAACAAGGGCGAGGGAUCUACAUAUGAGCGAGCUACAAGUCGUCGGGCCUUCCGCCGAGGGAUGUGACAUACCCUGUCAGGUCGACGAGCUAUCGAAGCCAUGUCAGACUAGAGGUGUCAGUUGUACCGUACCGAUACUGAUUCACUGUGUGCAGGAUCUGAGACUUUCCGAGCGAGAUUUACAGCAAGGAUGCACGCACUGUCUGUUCAAUGAUGUGAUCGAUGUACAUUUGCGAGAAGAGUGUAAAAAAGCAAAUAGUGGCUUGAGAUGA